GAUGGCGGCCGGGCGGGAGCGGAGCGGGGCGGCCGCGCCUGCGCCCGUCCUAGCGGUGCAUGCCGGGCGUCCUGCCCGCCGUGACGCUGCACAUCGCACCCGGCACCGCCACCGGGGCCCGCGGCCAUGGCGGGCGUGAAGGUGAUCGCCAACGACACCGAGUUCCAGCCCGAGCUGAGCGCCGCCGGCUCCCGCCUGGCCGUGGUGAAGUUCACCAUGAGGGGGUGCGGCCCUUGCCUGCGGAUCGCGCCCGCCUUCAACGCCCUGAGCAACAAAUACCCACAGGCAACGUUCCUGGAGGUGGACGUGCACCAGUGCCAGGGCACGGCUGCCACCAACAACAUCUCAGCGACGCCCACGUUCCUGUUCUUCCGGAACAAAGUGAGGAUCGACCAGUACCAGGGAGCAGAUGCCGUGGGCUUGGAGGACAAAAUCAAACAGCACCUGGAGAACGAUCCUGGCAACAGCGAAGACACAGACAUCCCUAAAGGAUAUAUGGAUCUGCUGCCCUUCAUCAACAAGGCUGGCUGCGAGUGCCUCAACGAGAGCGACGAGCACGGCUUCGAGAACUGCCUGCGCAAGGACUCCUCCUACCUGGAGUCCGACUGCGACGAGCAGCUGCUUAUCACUGUAGCUUUUAGUCAGCCUGUCAAGCUUUACUCUAUGAAACUUCAGGGGCCAGACAAUGGGCAGGGGCCCAAAUCCAUCAAGAUCUUCAUCAACCUGCCACGCUCCAUGGACUUUGAGGAGGCGGAGCGCAGCGAGCCCACGCAGGCGCUGCAGCUGGGCCCCGAGGACAUCCGGGAGGAUGGCAUCGUCCAGCUGCGCUACGUCAAGUUCCAGAACGUCAACAGUGUCACUUUGUUUGUGCAGUCCAAUCAUGGUGACGAAGAGACGACGAGAAUCACAUACUUCACAUUCAUUGGCACUCCAGUGCAGGCCACCAACAUGAACGACUUCAAACGAGUAGUGGGCAAAAAGGGAGAGAGCCACUAGGAAGGACAGAAGGACAGAAGGACAGCCACUGGAAGGCCCUCUUCCCUCUCUGCAUUCCUGGAUAAGUGCUGACCACAAGCAGGGACUGUCCCUUUGAUUUGCUGCCAUUCCCAAUAAAUCAUUGCUUUAGCUGGAGCUUCUUCCUCAUCUCCUCCUCCUCCUCCUCCUCCUGCUGCUCCUGCUGCUGCUGGAUGUGUAAAUAAAAGCUCUGACUUUUG